CCCCUCCACUUCCAGUGAAUGAACCUUUGAUUUCCGGAUGUUCAGAAAUCCGCAGCGCACCACCAUCAGUACUUCAUUCCCUACCUUACACGACAAUUCAGAACGAUAUUAGUGCAAUUCUGAUUGACCAUGUAGGGUCCCCUUUAAAUAGUGCAGCAAUCAAGGAGGUAGGCGAAAAACCUAGACCAGUAAGAAACAACUGGCUUGAAGAUGAAUACAGGACAAUAUUGGAAGCAAGGAAUGAAGAGAGGCAUAGAAUGAUAUUCAGCAUCAUACUUGAAGUACAACCAAGGAGUAUAGUAACAAGAGAAAGGAAGCAAAAAGGAUCUGCAGAUAGAAAAAAAGAAUCUGAGAAAGGAAAAAUUUGAAGACCAUAAUUCCAGGGGUUUCUUUGGAGGUGUUAGACUCCAGAAGGAAGGCUUUAACCUCGCCUCAACUUUUGUAAGAAUAAAGAUGGCAACUUAGUGAUGGGCAGGAUACUUAAGGGUGAUAUUAAAUAACGGUCACGCCAUUAAUGACAGUAGACCACUAGAAACUGAUCUUGACAUGAUCCUGAACCCUCAAAGAGGGCAACUUCACGAGGAUAACAUUCCGCCGGACCGGGAGGAAAUUGUAAGCAGUCUAAAGAUGCAUAAAGCCCAUGGGAUUGAAGUGGAUUUGCUGAAAUACGGACGAAGUAUGGGACCAGCUCAUAUAUAUCUGGUCAGAAGAAGAAACCCCUGAGGGUUGGAAAGUAGCGGUUAUCUAUCCCAUAUAUAAGAUAGGCGAUACGCUCUGUUGUUCUAACUACAAAGGGAUUUCUCUGUUGAAGAUUGCCUACAAGAUAUUGUCUACUGCCAUCAACCGGAGACUUACCGCUCACAUGGAAAGAGAAUUAGGGGAGUACCAAUGUGUCUUUCAGUUUUCAUAAUUUUUACGAAUUUAUUUGAUGUAAGAGUCUACUUAUAUGUUAUCGGAGACGUAGUUUUUGGAAAUUACCUCCGUUUUAAGACUAUGAGACUGUGUUUUGGUUUAUUUAAGUUUUUUGGACUUGUUCGGUAUAAGGAUCUACUUAUAUACGAUCGUAGACGUAGUGUUUGAAAUUUAUCUAAUUUUUAAUAUUUAAUCUCCAUUUCAAGAUCACGCCGCUGUCUCUCAAUUAAUUAUACUUAAUUUUGGAUUUCUCAAUAAAAUGUUUCAUCAAUAUGUUUUUGAGUAUGAAUAAAUACAUAGUAUGAAGCUAAGGUUAAAUUAAUCACAAAACACAAAAUAAAUAGCCAAAAAAGCAACUGGUAAUAAACUUAACCUACCAUUUUCAGAUUUUUCAGCUAAAUGUUUGAAAUCCGUAUCUUAUAAUUUUAUAGGAUACCGCAAUAUUAAAAACGAAAACUAAAAUUAAAUUUAAAAAUGAAAAAAUAGAUAUUUUAUUUAUUUCGGCUGAAAAAUAAAUUAAUCCAUAGUAUUUUUUUAAAAUUCGAAGGAAAAAUAAAAAAACUUAAACAAACCGAAAAAGCGGCGUAAUCUUAAAAUGGAGGUCAUUAUCACAAUAUACGGCCCCGAAAACAUAAGAAUGAAACCUUAUAUCGAAUAAAUCCGACAUACUUGAAUAAGUUGAAACGCAGAGGCCUAAUCUUAAAAAUGGAAGUCAUUUUAAAAAUCUACGGCUCCGGAAAGAUAAGAAUGCACCCUUUUAUCGAAUAAAUCCGAAAAACUUAAAUAAGUCGAAACGCAGUGCCGUAAUCAUAAAAUGGAGGUCAUUUUCAAAAACUACUCAUAAGAUAACUUACCCAUACAUCGAAAAAUGAAAAAUAAAUAAAUAAAGGUUGAAUUUUAAAUGGAAAAGUUUGAAUUUGACUUAGAAAAAGUUUAAUUUGAUUCGGAAAAGGUUGAAUUUGACUUGAAAAAGGUUGAAAUUGACAGGGAAAUGAUAUAUAUAUAUAAAAAGGUUUCGGGCUAAAGCUCCUCAAAAUUCAAUCGUUCAUCCACCACUGAAGACGGCUGCUCUAUCAUAAAUAGAAUGAUCAGGGUGGAGUUUUGUCCCAAAACGUGCGUUUGAAACCAUGAAAUAACCAACUCCUCAUUUUUUGAAUUGUUAUUUAGCUCUUUGGGUGGGAGUAUUUAUUGUUAUGAGGCAUUGACAAAUAUUCUGCAUGUUUUGUUGAUGUUAUUAGUUUUGUGUUAUAUUUAUUUUUUUGAUAUGGAUGCCCAUGAGUUUUCCUAAAUCUAAAAUGGAUAGUAAAACUGAAGCAGAAUUGAGAAGACAAAAAAUUUUAGCUAAUGCUGAAGCAAGAUUAAGGAAAAUUAGAAGAAUCACUCUUGAUGAAGUUGAAAAAGAAAGUGAUGGACAAACCAGUAAACCUUCUAUAUUAUCGAAAGAAAGUAGUGAACAAACCAGUAAACCUUCUAUAUUAUUGAAAGAUUUAAAAGAUAAUAAUAAUAAAGAGAAUCCUAAAGUACCUGAAAUAUUAGAUGAUAAUCGAAUUAAUAAAUCCAUAAGUGAGGCCAAGACCUUGACGAAUGGAGGUUUGGGCAAUGGCUUACUUAAUAAAUUUGAUAAUGAGCAAGAUGUCACUCUCCUUAAUGACAAAUACAAUUAUGGAAUCAACUCAGGAGUGAACUUACAAUCAUUACAAAAUGUCAGUAGGACGCAUAACUUAUCACAAAGCAAAAGACAAGUUUGUUUGGACUCAAUUAUUUUCAUGAUAUUAGGAAUUUUAGUAAGAUUGCUUUACUCCAUUGGUCUCUCUUCAAUAUUUAACAACAAUAUCCUGGGACCGUUUCUGGUGGUUUGCUUGCCAAGAGUGAUUUUGUACAUAAAGCAAAAACCUGAACUUUCAUUGAUGUACUCUGUGAUUCUUCUCAUGGGUGUCAAAGAGAGCACAAUUAAAGUACCAUUUAGGAUACUCUCUUGCCUACGAACAAUAGUUCAAUCUCUUGCUUUGUAUCUAUUUUCAUUUUUUGUAACACAUUGCGUGUUAAAAGAGUUACCAUUAUGAUAAAACUUUAGGAACUAAUGUAAAUAUUGCAAUGUAUCGAAUAAAUUAAUAUAAUUUCCAAGACUGCUAAUUAUAUGGUUUGUUUUGACUGCACAAAAUUAAUUAUGACAUAUCUAGUUUUAAAUAUAUAUCAUUAAAUUGUAAUGAACACGUGUAAGUGCAAUUGUUACUCGUAAAUCAAGUUAUUAGAUGUUGAAUUUUUUUCUUUUAAAUAUCUCUUAAUCACAUUAUAAUUGCCUUGAGAUAUUUAAAAAUUACUUAAAUUGAUUCGCGUGUUUAUAUUAUUUUCCAAUGGCGGAUAUAAUAGAUUGUGAUGUCACGGUUACUUUUGCAUUUGUGAUUUAUUGCACUGAGGAAGCCCAGUCUCGAUGACAGGAUGUAGUGCCAUAUAUGUAUGUAUGAUUUAUUGCACUAAAGGUAUGAGCUGUAUACUGCUUCAUGGCAGAAUAUUCAAGCACAUAUUGCUAAUCUGAUUGGUACUACUCUGUCUAUAAUUUUCAUUUGGUUGAUAAUUUUCAUACAAUUAUAGGUUAGAGAAGUUAUAUUUAAAUUCUACGACUUGUGCGUUUAAUCAAUCAAGUUUAGAUUGAUUAUAAAAGAGAUUGUGAUUUUUUAUCUAUUUUCCAAAAAUAAUUUCAGUUCACACUUAAUUUAUAUAUCUGUAAGACGUUUGAUUUAUCUAAAUAAAGCUUUUAGUUAUUUCUAAAAUCCAAAAUAUAUAAAUGUGUAAAACAAUAGUUUUAUUGUUUACUUUGCAGUUAUAAUAGAUCCAUGCUAGCCACAAAAAACAAUAUUAUUAAGUGAUUUGUUAUAGUUAGGAAGAUACAUGAAGGGAUUUAGAAUGCAACAGCAUGCAUCGCUAUAAGUCACAACCAAUUUUAUUAAAGCAGAUCCCUUAACCAGCUUCAUUCCAUUCUUUUGCACGUAUUUUACUCAGAUGUAAUCUCAUGGAAAUUGUAUGAUGCUCUUGGCAACAAUAGACAAAAAAUUCUUUGUAAUAUUUUUCUGAGGUACGAGAUCAAUUUUUCAAUGAAAAAUCUGUUUUCUUUAAAUUUAAAGCUUUUAAGCAGUUUUAUCUUUAGGUCAGUUGACUGGGACAAAUUUUUUUAUUAUGUUUUUUUCUUAUUCAUUGUUUUUCAACAUUAUUCCAAUCUAUUAAGAUGUAUGAAUUAGGAGAGAUGGGUAGUUUGUUUUGAAUUUUUAAAAUUAUGUAUUAUUGAGGAUCUGUCAAUAGUUAUGGCUUAUCCACUAUUUAUUAUCUUUGAUAGGAUCUAUAAUUCAUUGUUAAUACACUUUCUUUUAUUUGUCAAAUUUAAUAAAAUGUAUAAUAACAGUUAGAAUGUAAAUCAGCCUUAACAUAAAAUAACUUUUUUACAGAAAUUAUAUACCUCAAGGUUGAUUCAAAUUUUUGUGACAUAGUGUAAGAUUAUUACAGUUUUGAAAUUCUUGAAACGAGGCUUAAUAUAAUUAUUUUAUUUUUUAUUAUUAUUUUUGUUAAUAAUCUGCAGUCCAUUUAUACCGUCCAAAAUCGCAUUUUCAUCUCUACGAGGGGUGUAUUAAAAGUUGAAAUCAGUAAGAAACUGAAUAGAACUAUUUAUAAGUCAUUAUAUAAUUUUAUUUUGUUCAAUUAAUUAAUAAACUAACUUUUAUUUUCACAAUGGCCAACAGUAAAUAUUUUAAUUUUUUAAAAAUUGUGAACUUAUCUUCCAUUUUCAUUUAUAAUUUCCUAAAAUUGAAUUAUCUUGUUAAUUGCUGUAUCUUGUAUUUUAAAUAUGUCCUUAUUAACGACAUUUUUGUAGUUUAAAUAGCAUUAUUAUUUUUUAUUAUGUAGUUUUAUGUGUAUCAAUCAUUAAUUAAGUAAUCUCUAUCGAUUUUUUAUCUCUCUUAUCAUAACAUAAAAUUUCUAUUCAUAUUGUUAUAUAUUUUUUAUUUAGUAAUUAUUUCUUGAAAAUAAUUGGAUUCUACAUUAGAAUAUGAGAAGUUUAAAUGAGGAGAGGAUCGCCAAUGACCCUAGCGGGCAGAGGCAAAGAAAUAAAUUAUAAGUUAAAUAAAAUUAUUAAAAAAACGUUGCUAUGUCAAUCAUUAUCACUUUGUUUUGCUAUAUGUUAUGGUAAUCAAUAUUCCCUUAUAUAUCUGGCUCACUUAGAUAAUAAAGAACUUAUUCUGUAUUCAAAAGUAUAUUUUGUUUAAUUUUUAAAAUGUAGUAUUUACAAUUAUUUUUUUCAAUUGUGUAAAUCAUAAAUUUAAUUGCAUUUUUCAAAUUUUUUACUUAUUUUUGGGGAAAUAACAUCUUAUGACUGUUUACAAAAUAGUUUAAUUGUUAUUUUACAGUUUUAUUUGGCCUGUUCUUUUCUAAUACUAGAUUAGAAUUAUAAUCAUACUUUUUUUACUUGUACAGUACUUACUAAAAAUAUAUAUUAUGUUUAUUUAUAUAAAUUAUUAAGGAAUUUCAGUGUGUUUAUCACUUUUUUCAUAUUGUUUGUUUUUCGCAUGUGUCUGGAAUUGUUCUGUUCACUUUCUUUUGUAUAAUUACAUAUUUAUGGACUAUUGGCUCCCACUAGAGAUUUAAGUAUACAGCUUUUAUAUGCUCGAUGACAAAGAAAUUAAUAUUUAGCAGUAAUACAAAUAAUUUUAAACAUAUUAAGUAAACUUUGACUAUUAAGUAAUCCUAACAGAAUAACUUUACUUGAUAGAAUAAAAAUAAAAACUUUACAUGUGUUGCAUUUUCUGAGGAAUGUUUAAAUAUGUUUUAUGACCAUUAAAAUUUUUAAGUUGAUUUUUUUGUUUCAUAGCAUGCAGAAUGAAAGUGGAUCAAAUUAAAGCCAUCAUUGUCAGUAUUUUUCUUAGAUGAACUCAUCAUCUUACCAAACAAUUCUCAUUGUUAUUUUAGCAAACAUUUUAAACUGGGAAAGUCUUUUAUAUAAAUAUAAUUUUGGGUCUAAUUAUAGUUCCGUCUAAAACACACUGUUUGUUUCCCUUUCAUUCUUGAGGUGCUGUAAGAUUUUGUUUAACUAUCUAAUUUAUUUAUUGUUAUUUUUAAAUUGAAUUGCUAUUAUUUAUUAUUAGUUCCAUCAUUUUAUUUUAAUAGUUACCAAUUCUUAAUGUUCUCAUAACUAAAAACAUCCAUAUUUGUAUAGUUUAUAUAUUUAUAAUAAUUUAUUUAUUUGUGUGUAUGCUAAAAAUAUAUAUUUAUUUAAUAAUUUCUCCCUAAAAUUGAUUGCAUCCUGCCAAUAAAAUUAGUUUUGUAAUGGAGUAUAUUUUAUAUAUUUGUGUAUUUGUUGAGAAGUAAAAUUUUUAUUUCAAAAUAAUUAUGUUUAUUGUAGUCUUGUGAUAAUCCUGUCAAUUAGUAUCCAAUUAAAAUAAAAUAAGUAAAACUACAUGGAUACAAAAAAUGGGCUAUGGUUUAUACUGUUAAAUAAAUAAAAUACAUUUAACUGGUAUAUUAAACUCAGUCUUCCUGAUUAUCACUAAGAAAAAUAAUAUAUUUUUAAUUUUGGCAUUUGUCUUUUAAUUUCUAUUCACACUUAAGUGUAUGACUUAAGGCCAGUUUAAUAUAAAUCAAAAUUAACUU